AUGUACAAGAACAAAACCAAGAGGGAAGAGGAUGGGAAGGAACUCUUGCAAGUUGCCAAUGCAACGCUUGAACGUUUUCGUGCCUCUGAGGCUGUAGCCAGUAGGGCAAUCCGUGGAUUCAUAAAACCACAACAAGCCAAAAUUCUAGAGAAUCUUUUGAUGCUAGAGAGAGAAACAGUUACCCGAGCACGAAAAGACGAAGAUUCCUCAGAAAAUUUAUCUGAAAAAGAAGCCGCUAGAGACAUUCAAAAAUUCAUAUAA